UUACCGUCGUCACCCAAUGAAAUAUUAGCGACAUACAUACACUAGUAGUAGUCCGUUUAAUAAACACAGCCCUGUCAUCUCUUACUUUGAUGUAUUUUGUGAAUUUUAUUGGUGUUAAAAGCGAAUAGAUGUCUGAAGAAGAUCCUAAAAGACCAGAAGUGGAGGCUGACAAACCAGAUCUCGAGGGUCAGUCUGACGACAGCAGUGACGAAGGCGAAGCCUCUGGAGAUACCGAGAUGGAUUUUCUGCGCAGUCUCUUCUCACGGACCCUUGGCUUGAGUCCUGGAGAUAAAGUCCUAGAUGAGUUGACCUUGGAUGGGGUUGCCCGCUACAUCAAGAGUGGCAAAUGCAAGAGCAUUAUCUGUAUGGUCGGAGCUGGAAUAUCAACAUCGGCUGGAAUCCCAGAUUUCCGCUCUCCUGGCACCGGUCUGUAUGCCAACCUGCAGAAGUACAGUCUUCCUUACCCAGAGGCUAUUUUCCAGAUCGACUACUUCAAGAAACAUCCCGAGCCGUUCUUUGCUCUGGCCAGAGAGCUCUAUCCAGGACAAUUUAAGCCAACAGUGUGUCACUACUUCAUGAAGCUGCUGAAAGACAAAGGUUUACUCCAACGCUGCUACUCUCAGAAUAUUGAUACUCUGGAGAGGGUAGCGGGUCUGGAAGGAGAGGACCUUAUUGAAGCCCAUGGCACUUUUCACACCUCUCAUUGUGUGAGCUUCCUCUGUCGGAAGGAGUUCUCUAUGGACUGGAUGAAAGAUAAAAUUUUUUCUGAAGAUAUUCCUAAGUGUGACUCCUGUGGAAACCUGGUGAAGCCUGAUAUUGUGUUUUUCGGGGAGAAUCUACCUGCCCGAUUCUUCACCUCCAUGCAAACGGACUUUCCACGCUGUGAUCUUCUCGUCAUCAUGGGGACAUCUCUGCAGGUGCAACCAUUUGCAUCUCUAGUCAGCAAAGUAUCAAACAGCUGUCCCAGACUGCUCAUCAAUAUGGAGAAAACCGGACAGUCUGAGUUUGGCAUGGGAUUGUUCGGUUUUGGAGGUGGAAUGGAUUUCGACUCGGAUAAAGCGUACAGAGAUGUGGCACACAUAAGCAGCUGUGAUGAUGGCUGCAUGGCUCUUGCUGGUCUGCUAGGCUGGAAAAAGGAGCUGGAAGAGAUGGUAAAGCGUGAACAUGCUUUGAUCGACAGCAAGCACUCCAAAAAGAAAGAGAAGGAGGCCAAACAGAGCUCAGAAAGCACUGGGGCAGACACUGGGAAGUGAGUGACAAGACAGAAUAACCAAUCAGACCAUGCGAAAGCUGUGUCACAUGGUUCUGUUUUUCUUCUGAGCUAUUAUGACUUUCAUGUGGCUGUCUAACGUCAGAGUAGAUUGCAAUACAUGCUACUGAAAUAGUACAGAAACCUCAAAAGAGCUCAGAUGGGAACAUUGACGCCACACUUUCUUGCAGAAGCUCCGCAUGAGUGUACCGCGCGUGAGAGAUUGUGUCAAAAAUCGCAGAAUGCUUUACCUGUAACAUUUAUAAAGUUAUCCACAUAGUGCCGCAUUAAUUUUACAGAAAACAAAUGUAUAUGCAACAUAAACAACGAACACAUGGGGUAAAUUUGUGUCUCUUGGCUUGAGCAUUUGUUAAUGCUAAUGAGGGUUUAUAAUGGACUGAUCUUGACCAUACAUUUUUCCGUAGGUGCAAUGUAGAUGAUGUUAUGUUUUUAUUAUGAUUAAUGUCUUUUAAGGAAUAUAUAAAUAAUAUUUGCUUAAAUGCUAUUAUUAUGUAUUGUUUGUUGUUUGUAUAGUCUCUUUUGCCUCUCUCUGGUUUGGAAUUGUAUCUUCUUCCUCUUUGGUUCAAUUGUGUAAAAGGAAGUUUUACAACUACUGUUUUAUCUGAUUGAGCCCAAUGAAAUAUAAUAUGAGGAAACAAAUAAAGCAUGAAACCUUUAAAGGCUUCAAAUAUUUGCA